UUUAUUUAGCUUUAGGAGUACAAAACCUAUGGCGGGCAAACCAUUCACUCGUUCCCCCCAAAUCGAUCCACUGGCACUCCCCCCAAAUCGAUCCAUGAGCCCUCCCCCAAAUCCCACGGUGCUGCUAGAUUGCUUCAACCCGGCGACAGCGGCUCGCUCGCUGCCACGACCUGUAGCCUUCGGAGUCAACUUACCUCCUUAGUCGCUCGCGCGCCGCACCUCGUCCGCUGCACCAGCGUUGAGAGGGGGGAUGUCGAGACAAUGAGAGGGCAUGGCUGAAAUUGUAUGCAAUCGUUGGUAUAAGGUAGCAUCGUCAAAGAUUUGGUGAGCCCUUCUUAUCUAUGGCUUCUUAUCCUAAUAAGAAUUAAGAAACUCUCUAAAGGUUAUUGCCUUUUCAUCUUUUUUGUUUUUUGAAAUAUUUGGUGUAUGAUUUUUAAAGAUACCUUUUUUUUGGUGAAGUUUAGGUUAAAGGUGUUUGCUUUUGAUUGAUACAUGCUCUUUUGGUUUUGGUGUGUAAGUUAUGUGGUUUCUAGGAUGGAUAAAAUUAGGGGUGAAUUGUUUUGAGCUACUAGUUGGUUCCUGUUAUGGUUUUUAUUUGAAUUGAAGGGUGUUAAAUUGGUCAAUUGCUUGGGCACUUUACUAGAAAAUUAGAAAAAAAAAGUAAUACAGAGGAGACCGAUUUGGGUUAGGUGUAGCACGAGUACUGAAGCAGAAGUUAAAAGUUUUAUUUAUGUAACGUUUUUGGGCUAAUAAAUGGACACUCACAUACCCUUCUGCUUAGUUGUUUAGAUGCUCGCUGGACGUUUUGAGGUUUAUUAUUGACUUUGGUUAAUUGUUCUUAAAAACUAAUUGGCAAAAAAGAGCACAAAUAGGAUCUCCAUGUGUGAAAUGAAGUUCCCCUUUAUGACUUUGGUUAACUGUUCUUGAAAUGAAGCUUCCCUUUAUGAUGUUUUUUGGGAUAAAAACCAUAUUUACUUUUGAAUUCAAUAGUAUGUUUUCUAGGGAUAACUGAGCUAUGCCCAACGAUAUCUUGUUACUUUUAGUGGCAACGGUGGUCUAUGUUGUCAAAGACGCAACGCGCACGCGAGGCGCAUCGGCCUUGCCCGGAGCCUAGGGACUGCUAAUAAUGCUGGACUGUUGGUGCACUUGUGUCUGUACUUUGUCUGUAUUCGGUCUGUAUGUAAACGAUGUCCUUGGUAGUCUGUAAGUUGACCAAGUCAACCAUCCUCCGGAUUGACUUGGCCAACAGUUAGAAUAAUGUUGAAAGAUGUUCUCUGUCGAAGGAUAGGAGAUCGAAGGAUAAUGUGGAUCCUUCGAUCUCAUCGAAAGAUAUGUUUCGAAUGAUAGACCUCGAAAGGUGAUCUUUCGAGGUCCUUACUGAUCCUUCGAAAGCACUAUAUGAGAUGAUCCUUCGGACCAUCUAUCGGAUCCUUCGACCAGACAUCAUGGGCUGGGUAUAUAUAUACCCAUGCAGUGUAGUGUGAAAAAAAGAUGCACACUUAGAGAGACAGACAAGAGUGGAGAGCAUUCUGUCCGAAACAUUCACACACACACUUUGAGAGUUUGCAAACUGAUUGUAAACAUUGUGCUUGUAACUGGAACCUUCAUACGUAUUAAUACAGUGGUGUUAAUCGGUGAAUUCUUGUGUGUUUGUUUCUCUACUUGCUUCAUCCCGGUUUGCCUACUAGCUUGGAUUCCGCACUUGCUAGUGGGUUAGUAUAACAAGGUUUAGGUUCGUCAUCCUCCGCGAAAAGGGACCUACAAGUGGUAUCAGAGCUUGGCUCUUUACCUUGUUUAAAACCGGGUUGUUCGAGUUCUUUGGUGUGUUUGGACACUAGGUUUAGCACCCGUUUUGGUGGUUUUUCUUGCAUCUUUAAACUGGAAAACGGUUUCUAAACCUUUCGGGAGUGUUCAAGGUCGGUUUGGGUAACAUAAAAUUUGUUUUUGUGAAACUUUGUGUUUUCCGGCCAUUUUUCCGGUCAUAUCUCCGGUGACUGGUUUGGAUAAGGUUGUGUCCAUUUUGGGUAAACUUUUUGAAAGUCCAAAAAGUUGGUGAAAAGUUGUUGGCAGACCAUAUCCUUUCUGCCGAAAGUACUUCACCAACCCAUCACCUUUUUCACCUACCUGUCAACCCUUGGUCGUUGUGUCAGAGUAAUCGAAAGAAAUCCUUCGACAUCGAAAGAUAAUCUUUCGAAUCAAGGAGGCUCGACAGAUACCCAUCUUUCGAAUAUCCUUCGAAGCCUGUGUUCUAUCUUUCAAGCCAAGGAAUCUUGUCGUAGGAUACAUCUUUCGAGCUACUGUUUCUCUACGAAAGAUAAGGAUCCUUCGUGUUGGUGAAUCUUUCGUGAUCUGUGUUCGAAACAUAAGGAGAAUCUUUCGAAAUCAUCUUUCGACAGAUAAGGAUCCUUCGUGUGAUCAAUCUUUCGAAAUCAAUCCUUCGAAGUUUUUGUUCGAAACUCAACAGGGAUCUUUCGAACCUUGUUGAUCAUUCGAACAAGCAUUGAUCUUUCGAACAAGUCAGUAUCUUUCGAUUCUUAUUUGCUUGUGUUUUUAACAGUUUGUGGUUUUUCAGCUCUUCUAUUAGUAUUUGAUUAAAAUGAGUUGUACAAGUCCAUGGGAUUGGAGUUUGGACUCACGAUCCAAUCAAGAGCUAGUGACUGCUGCAGAUUGGGCAAAGAGUAUGCUUCCUCAAUCAUCAAUCAGUCCAAGUCAAUGGGCUUUGGUAUCCAAUCAAAGUCAAAGUAUUCAAAACCUUUUGAUCAGUGAAAGCGAAACGGGCAGUAACAAUCGUCCACCAAAGCUAAAUCAUAUGAAUGAGUUUCCAUCAUGGAAAAACCGUUUUCACACGUAUGUCCAAGGACAAAGCACCGAUCUUUGGACGUGUUUCAUCAAUGCGUUCAAUGAAAAUCUGGAGACUGCUGCAUCCACUUCUGAGGGAUAUGCCAAUAUGCUUGAAAAAGACAAGAAGGCUUAUGAAUUGGAGAAAAAGGCCUUUGCUACACUUACUCAAGCACUCAACAAAGACAUCUACCAUCAAUUCUCAUACUGCAAGACUACGAAAGCAUUGUGGGAUUGUUUAGUAGCUAGAGGAGAAGGCAAUGCAGCUGCUCGAAAGUCUCGGCAUGAUUUGUUGAAGAAAGAGUUUGAAUCUUUUCAGUUUUUGGAAAACGAGACUCUGAACGAUAUGAUCACACGUUUCUAUCAUUUGAUUAGUGAAAUGUGUGCUUAUGGAGUUGUCUCUACUCAACAAGACAUGGUGAGUAGGUUUGCUGACGCCUUACCUCCAAAGUGGAGCUCUUUCAUUGAGUUGUUGAAGCACACUGGAACUCUAGACACGGUUAAUAUCUACGAGUUCAUUCAAAAGCUGGAACACAAGAAUGAUGAAGAAAUCAGGAAAGCCAAGAGAGCUCCCGCCCCUCAAAAAUACAGAAAUGUAUCUUCCGGGUUUCGAUGCUCUAGCUAGAGCAGCUGCAGCCCAGCAACCCAAACUGCAGACUGCAUUUGUCUCCAACACAAGUUCCUUUCCAUUUCCUCAGUCAACAGCUGCUCCACCACAACCUCAACCUCAAUUUGAUCCGAGGUCUUACAUCCCUGUCCCAACACAGCCACAGCCACAAUCUCAACAACAACAACAACAACAACAGCAAGCUCAUUAUACAAGCAAUCCUCAACCUCAACCCCAAAAUCCUAACACAAUCCGAGUCGACAACUCAAAUCUUUCACACCUUAGCAUUGAAGUUGCUAAGGAACACAUGGAAAUUAUCAACACCAUGAUCAGUGCUUACUGUGGUUUGGUAGCAGGUCAGCUUGGAAACAUCAACAUGACCAAUGAAGAUUAUGAUCAGAUCGACAAGGAAGAAAUGGAGUUGAUGGAUAUUAAAUGGGCUUUUGCUAGUGCGGUUAGAAGGGCGAAAGAUUUUAUGGCUCGAACUGGAAGAACUUCGUUGGAAGGAAAGAAAAACACGAAGUAUGGGUUUGAUAUUAAUGCUGUCACAUGCUUUAACUGUGGCGAGAAAGGGCACUUUAAACGUGAGUGCACUCGACCAACAAAACACGGCAAUCACAACCCUUUCAGAAACCAGACGAAUGUGAAUGCCCAACAAGAAAACCGUGAACGGAGGAUGGUGGCAGUGAAUAACAAUCAGGGACAGCCUGGAACUACAAAUCACAAUCGGGCUUUGGCUGUUCAAGCAGAUGAAGGAUGUGACUGGUCAGUGCAGUUUGGUGAAGGUGAUCAGGGAAGUGGAACUGCUUUGUAUGCUAAAGUUAUCGAACAAGUUCAUAAAGAAGAAUCUUCUGGGAGUGAUGACAGUUCUGGUUAUUCUGGAAGUUCGGAUGAAGAAGGCUCUGUUUCUGGGGAUAAUCACUCAGAGCCUGAUGAUAAGGAAGAAGGAGAUGAUGAUAUUCAGGAUCUACUGAAUGAAGCUGAUGAGCUUAAAUGUCAGAAAUCAAUUCUGAUUAGGAAGGCUGCUACUGCAUCAAAGGAAAUGGAGAAGCUAUUUUCUGAAGAUGGAGCUUUUUCUUUUCAAACUGCCUUUAUGGCAAAUGGUUCAGCCUCUACUAGUCAGGAAAUUCUGAAACUCCUGCUCCCAGUAUUUGUAGCUCAUGUGCUGAAAUGAAGCUUGAAUCAGAAAAGCUUCA